CGUCGCGGCUGUGACGGCAGCGCCGCGCGCCGGGCUGCGGGAGUUGGCGCGAAGGCGGGGGUGGGGAGGAAGAGGAGGAGGGGGGGCGGGAGGCAUGGAGCCGGAGGCGUCCCGCUAGCGAGAUAAACCGCCGCUGGCACCAUGGAUAUCCGGAAAUUCUUUGGUGUUGUACCUCCUGGAAAGCGACAAGCAUGUGACACUGUGAAAAAGAGUGAAAAAAUUAAAAAUGGUGAAGGAUCCUCAAAUGGGAAGAAAAGGGAAAAGGAGACUAAGGUGAAUAAUUCACCCAGUGAAGAUGAUUCCAAACAAAAGCGGACAAACAAGAAAAAAAGAAUAAUCUACGAUUCAGAUUCAGAAGAGGAGGUGCAGUCAGUGAAAAAAUCCAAGAAGCCAUCUGAGAAAAAAGCAGCUACUUCAAAACUUGGUAAAGUUCUAAAGCAGCAUCCUGUUGUUUAUAUUUCAGAGACAGGAAUAGUCAGUAUCCCCCUUUGUACUUGUUAUAUUCUGCUUGAUGAAGAAGAUGACUUUGUCAAUAAAAGAAUUUCCCUGAAACCGAAGGAGAAUGGGACAUCAGCAAUUGGUUGUCCAGGAACUACAGUGAAAAAGGAAGAUGUAAAACCACGAGCUAAAAGCAAACCAUUAUCUCCAGUGAAACAGACUCCCACCUCGGCACUUGAUUACUUUGGGACAAGUAGUGUCCAACGAUCAGAAAAGAAACUGGUAGCAAGUAAAAGGAAAGAACCUUCACAAAGCAGAGACAGCACACUAGAUGAUGAGGCCAUUGCUAGGCAACUGCAGGUUGAAGAAGAUUCAGAGCUGGAGAGACAGCUGCAUGAAGAUGAAGAAUUUGCUAAAACUUUGGCCAUGUUGGAUGAAACACCACAGAAGAAAAAGGCUCGGAAAGAUUCAGGAGGAGAGCAAACAGUAUUGAGCAUCAAGAGCAGUCCUAACGUGACAGAAAGAUAUAAGCAGUCACAAAGAGUGAAAGCAACAAACUCGACAGGUGAAGCAAAGAAUUAUGCUGCGAAGCAGCAAACUAAAUCUGAACAUUCAAAAGGCUCUCGUUUAUCCCCACAAUCAUCUGAUGGUAAAAUACCAAGAGAGUUGAUGGAUAAGACCUUGCCUUUGAAACCUAGCUCUAAGCUUCUGUCUCUGAAACAAAAAGAAGAGAUUGCUGAAAAGGAAAGAGGUGCUCAAAGUUUAGUAUCAAAAGAAAAAACUUCUUCACAGAAAGAAGAGAAGACAACACCAAAGAAGGAGAAAAUUUCUCCCAAGAAGACUGAGUCUGUAAGUCCUGAGGACUCUGAAAAGAAGCGAAUCAAUUAUCAAGCCUACCGAAGCUUCCUUAAUCGCGAGGGUCCAAAAGCACUGGGUUCCAAAGAGAUACCUCGGGGAGCUGAAAACUGCUUGGAAGGCCUGACAUUUGUAAUUACAGGCGUACUGGAGUGUAUUGAAAGAGAUGAGGCCAAGUCUCUGAUUGAACGGUAUGGAGGAAAAGUAACUGGCAAUGUUAGCAAGAAGACAAACUAUCUGGUCAUGGGGCGAGACUGUGGCCAAUCUAAAUGUGAAAAGGCAUCAACUUUAGGGACAAAAGUUAUUGAUGAAGAUGGCCUGUUUGAUCUUAUUCGAACUAUGCCAGGCAAAAAGUCCAAAUAUGAGCUGGCGGCUGAAACAGAGGCAAAGAAAGCAGAGUCAAGACCUAAAAAGACACCACAGAAAGCUGAAGCUGGAAAAAGGAAUUUUAGUCCCUUGAAAAGGGAAGCCGAUAAUAAAAAAUAUAAGUCUACUCCUGAAAAAGGAGAUACCGUCAAAUCUCUUAAGAAGGAAACCACUGCUGUUCGAAAGCUUAUGGACUUUAAAUGGCAGACUGUAGAGAAGAAAGAAGCCACCAAACCUGAGGGGAACUUGGUUUCUGAGACUAAUGAAGAUGGAACAGAGAGAUUGCUAUGGGUAGAUAAAUACAAGCCUGUAUCUCUUAAGGCAAUAAUUGGACAGCAGGGUGAGCAAAGCUGUGCCAAUAAACUGCUCCGAUGGCUCAGAAAUUGGCACAAGAAUACCUUGGAAGAUGGACAAGCAAAGACCAAUAAAACUGGAGGCAAAGAUGAUGGUACUGGUUUUAAAGCAGCAUUACUUUCUGGUCCGCCUGGAGUUGGUAAAACUACUACAGCUUCUUUGGUUUGUAAGGAACUGGGGUAUAGCUAUGUGGAGCUGAAUGCCAGUGACACUCGCAGUAAGAACAGUCUAAAGGAAGUAGUUGCUGAAUCACUUAACAACACCAGCAUCAAAGACUUCUGUUCUGGCACAUCCUCAUCAGUUAGCGGGAAACAUGUAUUGAUCAUGGAUGAAGUGGAUGGUAUGGCAGGCAAUGAAGACAGAGGAGGGAUUCAGGAGUUGAUUGGUUUGAUUAGAAAUACAAAGAUACCCAUCAUCUGUAUGUGUAAUGAUCGAAACCAUCCUAAAAUUCGUUCCUUGGUCCACUACUGUUUUGAUCUGCGUUUUCAGAGACCUCGUCUAGAACAGAUUAAGGGUGCCAUGAUGUCUAUUGCGUUUAAAGAAGGUUUAAAAAUUCCACCACCUGCUAUGCAAGAGAUAAUCCUGGCAGCAAAUCAGGACAUCAGACAGGUUUUACAUAAUCUUAAUAUGUGGUGUGCGAAAGAUAAAUCAUUGACUUACGAUGAGGCUAAAACGGAUGCCAGCAGAGCCAAAAAGGAUCUCAAACUGGGCCCUUUUGAUGUUGUCCGGAAGGUUUUUGCUACUGGAGAGGAGGCUUCUCGUAUGUCUCUUAUAGACAAAUCAGAUCUUUUCUUCCAUGAUUAUUCCCUAGCACCUCUCUUUGUCCAAGAGAACUACGUACAUGUGAAACCGGCCGCUGCUGGAGGAAAUCUGAAAAAGCACUUGGUGCUCUUGAGUAGGGCAGCUGAUAGUAUAUGUGAUGGUGAUAUAGUAGACAAACAGAUUCGUAGCAAGCAAAACUGGAACCUUCUUCCAACACAGGCUAUUUACGCAAGUGUUCUCCCGGGGGAGCUGAUGAGAGGUUACAUGUCCCAGUUUCCUGUCUUUCCCAGCUGGCUGGGGAAAUUUUCAUCCACAGGCAAACAUGAUCGUAUCAUUCAAGAACUAGCAAUGCAUAUGAGUCUCAGAACCCAGACGUGCAAGAGGACAGUAAAUAUGGAGUAUUUGCCGUAUCUGCGGGAUGCGGUUGUCCAGCCCUUGAAAGACUUCGGAGCAGAUGGUGUGCAAGAAGCUAUAAUGUUCAUGGACUCUUACUGCUUGAUGAAAGAAGAUAUUGAAAAUAUCAUGGAAGUAAGCACGUGGGGAGGCAAACCCAGUCCUUUUUCAAAGCUGGAUCCCAAGGUCAAAGCAGCUUUUACACGUGCCUACAACAAAGAGGCACAUCUGACUCCAUAUUCACUUAAUUCUGUCAAGCCAUCUAAAAGGCAGUCGGGAUCUGUGGUGACCUCAGAACUGAAUGAAGACUUGAAUGUGGAAGAGAUCCAGUCUGAUGAGGAUGAGCAAGAUACUGUUGAAAGUGAUGCAAUGAUUAAGCAAAAAAAGGCAAAGUCUUCCAAGCUGCCAAAAAGAGAGAAAAAUGAAGAAACAACAAAAAAAGAAGGGAAAAGAAAAGAGAAAACAAGACAUUAAACAGAAUAAAAUCUUGCUCUGGAUGCAGCUUUACCUAUCUAACUUCUGGCAGGAACAUGAAACUGAUCCAGUGCUGGAGCUGGGAAAGUAGAACCAGUGCGUUGAAAAUGCUCCUCUUAUAGAGGUGAUGUAGCUACUGUACUCUCUCACUAUGCCAUGCUGUACUUACUCUUAACAUGCUAUGAUGUUAUCCUUGUGCAACAAACAUGGGGGUGCAUGAACACAAUGAAAAUGGGAUGCUUAGUUACCUAGUGUUUAUGCUAAGUCUUCCUAGGACUUAACUACUUUUUUUUUAAUAAAUCCCCUGACAUUGUGUGGUAUGAACUCUUGUAAAUAGCACAUGAUGCAACCCCCCCCCCAACUGAAAUUGCAUAUUUGUACAUUGUAGAAAUUAAGCAGUGUAUAAAAUUACAAUAAAACGUUUCAUAGGAGAGUCUUUUAAAGUUUUGGUUAAGUUCAUGGAGUGUUCUCUCCCUUUUCUUCCAAGGUUCUGGCUUUCCUUCAUGUACAGGCUGUGGUGUUACCCUUUUUCUACAACUUCCCUUUUGUUCAGUUACAGACACAGAAAAGCAGCAAGGGAUUUAGUUCCAAACCUUGAGAAGUCUGUGCUUGUAUCUUUAAUCAAAACCAGAAAGGAAUACUUAGAGUAAGAAACAUUUAAUAGAAAAUAGCCAUAAAAGUUCAGAACUGAUGUUGAAAAAAAGAACACUAGGAGUUUUUUUGCCACUGACAUUACACAGAAUGCUCCUUGGUUUGUCUUUGGUGCAGAUAAAAUGCAAAUUUUGCUUCAUAAGAAGAAUUAUCAAUCAGUUUUAUUACUAUAAUAAAUCAAAGUACAAAAUUUAUCAAAAGCUAAAUAUUUACAGGCUAUCACAAAAUAGAAGUGACAUGGUUAUUAUUAAAAUCCUAGUGGGGAAAAGAUGUAUAACAUAGUGACAGAGCUUUCCUUGCUGCUUGCCAGACAACAUGUGCAGCUCUGAAAAUAAACAGAAGUGGUUAGUCAUAUCCCAAGAUACAAAGACUGUGAUAAAAAACUACAAGGUUUUCUCAGACUGGAAAAAAAAUAAAUUAACAAAAUAAGGUUAUUAUGGUAUGUAUAAUUUAUAAUAGCACUUGUGUGUUACUUUGACCUAUAGCUAAGUUUUCACAUAAGGUGUUUGCAUUAGUAGAUCUGCCUUCAAAAGUCAAAAUUAAUGAGGAACUUUAUUAACUCAUCUUCAGUUAACAUUCCUGUAACAAAACUGAAGUCUUGGAUAGACAGAACAGUGGUGUCACUCUUUGAAAUAUGAGUAUUUCAAGCCAAUACUACAUUGCUGUUAUCCUGUGAUAUAUUCUUAUGUUCUGUUAAACAUAGAUGCUAAGAUCAUGUAACCUGCAUUUUAGAUCUGCUCCUUCCAGUUAGCAUCUCUCUGCCUCGUUGGUAGAUCUGCAGAAAAUUUUGAUGAUGCUGAGAUCUUCCAACUGUUCUCUGCACUAUUAAAGCACAACAGGUGUUUAGCAACUGUUCCAAACCAGAACAUGUUGCAGAUGAUAAUGUGCUCAUAGAGGUAAACUGGUUUAAAGCUGCACAACUGGAAUGAUUUAACAGCCAGGUUAGUUGCAGUAGCAAAACCUACUGGUGUUUGCAUGCCUGAGAGCAAAUAGGUGAUACAGCUGGGCCUCAGUUAUCUGAGGCACAGACUCUAACUGACAGCCUGGUUCUUGAACAGUGCAUUUCCCUUGCUGGGAAAAACUCCUGAUGGCCUCCAGAAUGAGCCCUGUUAAGCAAAAAAUACGGGCUCUAGCACAUACCUGAAUUUAUUGGUCCCCAUCUUCUGAUUUGAGGUACUCCGUGCAAUCAUUUAUUUUCUUAAGAUGAACAAUGUUAAUUCUUUCAGAACACAUUGGACAUAUGUUUUCAGUCUGUAACAUGCUGUUUUAAAAGAAGGGAGACUGGUCAACUGAUAAUUCUAACAUUUUUCAAAGGAACAGCUGGGCCUAAGGCAAAGUGUUAAGAGCAAAGCUCUGACCUGUGCUGUGUAACAAAUACAGGCCAGAGCAACAGCUGCUUCUGUCUAGGUGGAGCAAAGGUUGGCUUGUUCAUUUCUAACACUUGAGAACUAACACUACAACAGGAACACUGCUGCUGCUUGCAUGGGCAUGAUGAAAAUUUGGCAAUUAAAACAAAUACAAAGGAGCUUAGGCUAGAAUGUGAAGUUUCUGCAGCUUCAUCCUUCCUGACAUCUGAACAAAGCUAUGCAAUCCCAUUGUCACACAGAUGAUUAUCAGGGACAAGAUAUUACUGCUACCUUGGUCUGUACCUAAUGCUGCAUGUAUUUUGUUUUGGUGGCUGCUGCUGUGCUUGUGUUCUCCCCCUUUCCCCAUAUGGGGUCAUCUUCCCGGAAGGAGCUGAGAACUUACACAAGCCCCCAACCAUCUUCACUGCUGUUCCUGUUGUUGGAGCCCUGCAUCCCUGGCCGAGGUCUUUGUUAUAGUUUUUGGUCCACUUUGAAGCGAUGUUCUGCAAGUAUGUUAGAUGAAACUACCAAGUAAGGCGGAUUCAUCUUCCAACCCAGCUGUUACAUGGUUUUAGUACCAAAUGAAACAGUUUGCUAAAAUACGGACAACACUGGAAUCCUGCAAUAGAAAAGAAAAAAAUCCCAACUUACUUCUUGAAUUCUGAAUAGAGGGCAGGAAAGUCACAGUGUGGGCAGACUGUCCAGUCAUCUCGUACCAUAUGCCGACCCUGCAUGCAAAAGGCACAAGUAAUUAAAUGGCAUGUGCUGUCCUAGUACACUGGGUGUUGGGUUUUUACCUGUUAUUGUGAAAAAGUCUCAGCAACUGAGUUCUAAAGGUCUUGAGGAACUAAAAAGCCAAAAUGAUAAUAAUGUUACUGUAGUUUGAUUACUGUGUAAAUUCUGUAACUAGAAAAGGAGCUCUCCAUGAGAUGCAGUGUUUUCACUUUAAUUUGCAUUCCUCUUAAAAAAAAGAAAUCGAGGAAUGUAUUGAAUUACAACUUGUAAAAUUCUUUUAGUUUGGCAAUUCUAGAAUGUUAUCUGUAGAUCUAUGUCUAGAGAUCUAUGUAAAUCUACUGGGAUUUUUGGUGUUGCAUAUGACAUUCAAAAAAACACCCCCAAAGCCACAUCACAUGAGCCCCAGGAGGUUGCAUUCAAUGCUGUCACAUUUGUGAGCAUACUGACUGCCUGGCACUUGCCUUUUGAACCAAUUUCUGUUUACUUUUUUGGUACAGUUUACUAAUUUGCUUUUGAUAGAAAGAAUUCAUAUGUACCUUUUCAAUACUAUAAAACACAACAGCACCUUGAACUAUAUUGAGAUGUCUGCUCUAAUAUGAUAUGCAACAGUAGGCUGUUUUGACACUGACUCUUGUAUGAUAUUUGAAAAUGCUGCAUUCCUAAUGAUGUUACAAAUACCUGUGAUGAAAAUAAACUAUAACCAAACCAAGAUGGAGCCUAAAUAAAUAGUAUGAAAUGUACAUGAAUAUGUACAUUAUGAUUGGCUCAUAAAGCUACAUUUAAAAGCCUUGGUUUUUUUCCUUAAGGUAAUACUUCUAAAAUAUACUGGUCAUCUUACUCUGCUGAACCAAUAGAGUAAAAAAAAUAGGUAAUUGCUAUUAAUAUUUUUUUGUAAGGCUUGAUUCUUUAGUUUUAAUAAAGACUGUUUACUCAAA